GUGGCACUGAGCAGCACCACACCUUGCUUUGUCCAGCAGAGACAGAGAAAAGGGGGGUGAAAAUCCUCCCCUGCCCUUUCAAAUCUGGACAAAUCAGGUUUCUAAUUAAAGCAGCACUUAAUCAUUACUGCUCUGUGAACGCAGAGUUGGUUGAAACUCUCUCAUACCAGCUGCUUCUUCGUCCUUCCGUGAGCCUGGGAAUGGGUGGGAUCUCCGAGUAGGAGUGUCUCUGUGGUUAAGUAGAGGAUUGAAUUACCGAACACUGCUGUUCCCGAGCUGACAAGGUAGCAGAACAGCAAACAAAAGUGCCUUGAAACUAGCUCACCAAAGAGGAGAGAAGGCGCUGGGUUUGGCAGAGAAGGGAGACCUGCGAGGACACUGUGCACUUUCCAGCAAGCUCAGACUGCAGGAUGACAGACGGUGACACAAAUCUCCCAACUAUUGAGAGAAAGCUGGGACUGCAGAUAUGGGGCAUAGAGAAUAUGAAGAUGGUUCCUCUACCUGAAAAGGCUUAUGGGACGUUUUUUGAAGGAGACUGUUACAUAAUUCUGCAUACCAAAAGAACCUCUCGUGGGUCCGCUGUGGAUUUGCAUUACUGGAUUGGCAAGGAUUCAUCUCAGGAUGAGCAAGGUGCCGCAGCCCUGUAUGUCACCCACCUGGACAACGCGCUCGGGGGGAACCCCGUGCAGCACCGGGAAGUGCAGGGACAUGAGUCUGAGACCUUCCAAAGCUACUUCCGCAGUGGCAUUAUCUACAAGAAGGGAGGAGUGGCUUCAGGAUUUAAGCAUGUGGAGACCAAUAUGUACAAUAUCAAGCGUCUUCUUCAUGUCAAGGGGAAGAAGCACGUAUCAGCCACAGAGGUAGCACUUUCCUGGGACAGUUUCAAUAAGGGUGAUGUUUUCUUGCUGGACCUUGGGAAAGUGCUGAUUCAGUGGAACGGACCCAGCUGCUGCAUUGCUGAGAAGUCCAGAGGUCUUAUGCUGGCUCGCAGCAUCAGAGACAGCGAAAGAGGCGGCCGUGCUCAAAUUGGCAUCAUUGACAACGAGAAAGACUCCCCGGACCUCAUGCAGAUCAUGAGGAUGGUGCUGGGUGAGAGGCGUGGGGAGCUCCGAGAUGCUAUUCCGGAUACAAAAGCAGAUGAGCUACAGAAAGCGAAUGUCCGACUAUACCACGUCUAUGAAAAGGAUAAUGACCUAGUGGUACAGGAGAUAGCCACCCGGCCACUGACACAGGAUCUGCUCCAGCAUGAGGACUGCUAUAUUUUAGACCAAGGUGGUUUUAAGAUUUAUGUCUGGAGAGGAAAAGCCUCCAGCCUGGAAGAGAAAAAAGCAGCCUUCACUCGAGCUGUGGGUUUUAUCCAAGCCAAAGGCUAUCCUUCAUCCAUCAACAUUGAAGUGAUCAAUGAUGGAGCAGAGUCAGCCAUGUUUAAACAGCUUUUCCAGAGGUGGACAGAAAAGGACGAAACACAAGGACUGGGCAAAAUCUACACUACUGGCAAAAUCGCCAAGGUGGAGCAGGUGAAGUUUGACACCACUCAGCUCCAUGCCAGACCAGAGCUAGCUGCUGAGCAGAGAAUGGCAGAUGAUGCCUCCGGGGAGAUAGAGGUGUGGAGGAUUGAGGACUUGCAAAUGCAGCCAGUGAAUCCCAAGACAUACGGGCAGUUCUACGGAGGUGAUUGCUACCUGGUCCUGUACACCUACCUGAGAUCAGGCAGGCCUCACUAUGUCCUUUACAUGUGGCAGGGCCGCCAUGCCUCUGUGGAUGAAAUCACUGCCUGUGCCCUCAAUGCCAUCGAGCUGGACAAGAAGCACGGGGAUGAGGCUGUGCAGGUGCGCGUGACAAUGGGCAAGGAGCCCGCACACUUCCUGGCCAUCUUCAAGGGCAAGCUGAUCAUUUACGAGGGUGGCACAAGCCGGGCUCAGAAAAGCACACCUGAGCCGGCAGUCCGCCUCUUCCAGGUGAGAGGCACAGAUGAGAUGAACACAAAGGCCACAGAGGUGCCAGCCAGGGCCUCCUCGCUCAAUUCCAAUGAUGUCUUCCUGCUGACGACCAGUCAAGUCUGCUACCUGUGGUGUGGGAAGGGAUGCAGUGGAGAUGAGAGGGAGAUGGCAAAAAUGGUAGCUGACAUCGUUUCCAAACGGGACAAGCACACCAUUUUGGAAGGACAAGAGCCAGCAGAGUUCUGGGAAGCCUUGGGUGGCAAAGCACCUUACGCCUGUGAAAAGAGGUUUCAAGAGCAGAUCACACAGUACCAGCCUCGCCUCUUCGAGUGCUCCAACCAGACGGGUCGAUUCAUCAUGACAGAGGUGGUGGGCUUCUGCCAGGAAGACUUGGAUGAAGAUGAUGUCAUGCUGCUAGACACAUGGGAAGAGAUUUUCCUUUGGGUUGGCAAAACCUCCAGUGCAUACGAGAGGAAUGAGGCAAUUGCCUCAGCUAAGGAGUAUCUCAAGACCCACCCGGCAGGGAGAGACUUGGCAACUCCGAUAAUACUGGUGAAGCAAGGCUAUGAACCCCUCAACUUCACAGGGUGGUUCAAUGCUUGGGACCCCUACAAAUGGAGUGAUGGCAAGUCCUAUGAGGAGAUGAAGAACAGCUUAGGAGACAUGUCGGCUAUAUCCGAGAUCAAAGUGGACCUUAACAACAUCAGCCUGAACAAGAAAACCCUCAGCAUGACCAACUUGGCAGGUUCAAAUAUGGCAAAUGCUUCUCCAGAGUAUAAAUCACACUUCAACCACGAUGACAGCAACAGCUACAGCAAUAGCAGCAACUACAACAGUAACAGCAGCCCUUCUCUGGUGCCCAAUGGUGAAGGAAUUUAUUCUCGAGAGGUGCUGAUGAACAGGGCGGUCGAUGAACUUCCAGAAGGCGUGGAUCCCACUAAAAAAGAGUACUAUCUCUCUGAUGCUGAUUUCUACGAUAUCUUUGGGAAGUCCAAGGACGAGUUCUACCAGAUGCCCAAAUGGAAGCAGCAGAAUGAGAAGAAGCAGUAUGGACUCUUCUGAGACCGCAGGGGCCGUCCGGCAUCCAGUGACUCUGGGACCAAACCUUGCCCUCUUCGGAGCUGCAAGGAAGAAGUACAGACAUUUGCUCAAUGAACCCAACUCAACAUCUCAAUCAGGCCCAGCUCCAAAGCAGUUAUUCCAGCAGCCACUGUUCAGGGGAUGGCUCCUUUCUCCCACAAACCCUGAACCCAAGGAGGCAAAACCUUUUGCAGGAUCGACUUUGCAGGAUGAUUUUGCCUCUUUUUGACACUUUAUUGCUGAUAGCUAUGAAGACAAGUGUUUGUCACACAAUCGUAUUGUAACCUCUUCUUUCCUCUCCCUUUUGCAAAUUGCCACAUGCACAAGGUCAUGAUCUUCCUUCAUUUGUAGAAAUUUAAAAUUAUGCAAGACAAAGGCCACUUGCAGCUGCUAUGUGAAUUCUGGGUUGGGAGAGGAGGGGGCCGCCCUAGGAGGAUAGAGGGACAGCCUUGAGGUCAGGAGAAAGGUAAUGGAUUAGCCAGAUGUCUGAUGGUGUAGCCCAUGGAGUGACACCAGAUGGUUCUGACCCUUCUCACCUUGCAGAAAGACUAUUCACCAAAGAACAGCAAGAAUCAGUUGUAGACUGAAAUGCAUAGCCCAGUGCAGGUAAAACAAACAAGAACCUGGCUUGGAAAAAAAAAACCCAAACCACUUAUUAAGAGUAUAUUUAUUAGGUGAUCCUCUUCAAAAGGAUGAUGAGACUAAGGGCUAGACACAGCUGUUGGUUUUGACUGCCAGACAAGACUGUCUAUUUUUCUCUCAUUCAGACAGCAUCUCCAAUCUUGCCCGUCCUCCCUGAGCACAACCAGGUGAACCUAAGAGUCCACCUGCCCACAGGCUUGGGAAAGCCAGGAGGGUUUGAGGUAUGACCUGAGGCAGAGUGUGUCCCACUGAGGGUUUUAUCAGGGCUCCAUUUCUGUGAUGAGCGCUCAUUCUACACUGCGAGCUGACCCUGACCAGGGAGGGCAAGGAGAAAUGUGAGCCAUCAGUGACUAAGGGAUACAGCUAUAAACUAAAAGAAGAAACACAUAUGUUUAAAAACUCAGAAGAUGUGGUUUUGCAGCUUUACUUCAUUUCCAACCUGAUCAGUGAUUGCAAAUAAACAGCCAGCAGCAGUGCU